AUGUAUUCGAACUCGAACGCCUUCCUGGGUGGCAAUAGCCAGCGGCCCGGCGCUCAGCAAUAUGGCAGCUCUUUCGGUAUGGGAGGACAGCAGCCGGGGCAGCAGCAGCAGCAGCAGCAGCAGCAACAGCCGAGCCCGUUUGCUCCCCAGCCCACGGGUUUUGGUCAGGCGCCAUUGCAACAGCAGUUCACUGGCUACCCGGGGAUGCAGCAGCCACAGCAGCAGCCGCAGCAGCAAUCUUCUCAACAGCUUCAACCUCAGUUUACCGGAUACCCUGGCCAGGCUCAGCCUCAGCAGAGCUUCCAGACCGGUGCCCCCCCGAUGCCCUCGAUCCCCCCGCAGUUCCAGUCGCAGUUCCAGCAGCAGCUGCAACCUCAGCAGACUGGGUUCCCGGCUCAGCAGCAACAGCAGCAACCUUCACAGACCGGCUUCCAACAGUCUCAGCCAACUGGUUUCCAGCAGCCCCAGCCAACUGGUUUUCAGCAGCCCCAACCGACUGGCUUCCAGCAGCCCCAGCAGACGCCCACUCCGGCGGCUGCACCCAUCAAGCCUCAGCCUACGGGCUUCAGCCAGAUGGCUGCUUCUUUUCGGACUGGUGGGACACCAAAGCCAGCCGGCAGACGCCCAAAGUCUGCCAACAAGAUUCCCAACAUCCGGCUGUCCUUCAUCACUGCUCCAGACCAGUCCAAGUUCGAGACGCUGUUCAAGUCUGCAGUGGGUGAUGGCCCGGGGGCCACCAUGUCCGGAGACAAGGCAAGAGACCUGCUGAUGCGGUCGCGUCUCGACGGUGACUCUCUUUCGCACAUUUGGACUUUGUCCGACACGACCCGAUCUGGAGAAUUACACUUCCCCGAAUUUGCUCUCGCAAUGUACCUUUGCAACCUGAAGCUCACCGGAAAGGCUCUGCCCUCGAAUCUGCCUGAAAACAUCAAGAACGAGGUUUCCAGUGUGGUGGACAUCAUCAACUUCAGCAUCACCGAGGAUGCUGGCCGAACUACCCCCGGCAGUAAUGCCACCGGCGGAUCGAGCACCGAACCUAAGAUUCACCAACCCCAGCCCCAGGCAUCAAACUCCCAGUUACUGCAAGCACAAAUGACCGGCUUUCCUGGUCAGCAGCAGCAGCAGCAAGGCUUUGGUCAACCUCAAGGUCUACAACCUCAGCAGACAGGUUUCCCCGGCAUAAACUCGCAACCGACGGGGAUGAACCCGCAGCCUACGGGAUACACAGGACCGCGACCCCCCAUGCCUCCGAUGCCCACCGGGUAUGGCAAUAGCCUUACGCCAGGAGGAGGGCCGAUGGCUGCGCCCCUGAACGCGCAACCCACGGGCCGGCCUGGCCAGUGGGGUCUCGUGAACACGCCCGCGACCGGUCUUCCCAACAUCGAUGCUCUGCAGGCUAGAAUGAUGCCGCAGCAAGGCCGUGAGCAGCAAAAUUUCACUACACAGGGCUUGCAGGGCAAUGCUGUCAUCCCGUGGGCAAUUACCAAAGACGAGAAGCAGCGCUAUGAUGCACUUUUCAAGGCUUGGGACGGCCUUCACAAGGGCUUCAUUGGUGGAGAUGUUGCCAUUGAAAUAUUCGGGCAGAGCGGUCUCGAAAAGCCCGACCUCGAGCGCGUCUGGACGCUUGCAGACAAUGGCAACAAGGGCCGUCUGAACCUUGACGAGUUUGCUGUCGCUAUGCAUCUGAUUUACAGAAAGCUCAACGGCUACCCCCUUCCCAACCAGCUGCCGCCCGAGCUCGUCCCCCCUUCGACAAGAAACAUCAAUGAAUCCAUUGGCACCAUUAGGUCGAUGUUGAGUCAGGAGUCGGAGUUCCGUAACAAGUCUGGCGCCGCCCUGCUUCCCCAAAAGACCGGAGUCAGCUACAUGAAGACACAUUCCUUGAGGGGCACCCCUGGUGGCUACAGCAGUGGACGUAAGGAUGCCACGGUCUUUAAGAACAACGACGAACAGGUGGGCUACAGGUCCAGCGCUCGCCGCCGUGUAGGCAACAACUCGCCUCGACCCGAGUCGCCUGCUUCUACCCCCUACGACGACCUUGGUCUUGAACAGCUGAGGAAGAAAAUUCGGGAGAAGGAAGUGCUUCUUGAGGCCAUGGAUUUUGCUGAUGAGAAGAGCCUCGAAGAGGAUGAUAUGCUUGAUAGACGCGACCGUCGCGAGGCAGAUGAGCUGUACCGUCGUAUUCGCCGUAUUCAGGACGACAUCGAUGCGCAUCCUGAUGCUGCCCUGGCGACGGGAGAUUCGGAAGCCGAGAGACGCGCCUUGAAGCGGCAGCUGCAGACCCUUACGGACAAAGUCCCUGAACUGGCUUCCGCGGUUCGCAAGACCGAAAAGGCCAUUGCAGAUGCAAGACUCGAGCUUUUUAGACUCAAGGACGCAAAGGCUCACCCCAAUAGUGCCGCUGCUAUCGUUGGGACCGGGCCCGGCGGUGCUGUUACUGAGUCUGACAGGCUCAAGGCCAGGGCCAAGGCUAUGAUGCAACAGCGCACGGCGGCUCUGACUGGCAAGAAGGUUGAAUCCGCCAUUGACGACGAGGCUCCCAAGCGCCUGGAGGAAGAGAAUCUUCGAGUCAAGACCGAGAAGGAGAACAACGAGAGCAUGGUCAAGGAUGUCGAAGAUUCUGUGCGUGAUUUCGCUCGGGGUAUUGAAGAUAGUCUGAAAGAAGGCACCACGAGCGCUACCAAUGAGCACGAGAAGCGCCGCUGGGAAGACGCUCUCGGCGUCGAGGAUGAAGUCAGAGAUUUCAUCUUCGAUCUCCAGCGUUCCAGCCGCGCCGCGCGUGUUCGGGCUCAGGACCGACGUCCUACGUCGUCUUCGUCCCGAUCACCUGCUGCAGCUGCUCGCGCAUCGCCCGCCCCAGCUGCGUCGGCCGCUCGUAAUGAGAGCCCUGCUCCUCCGUCGCGCACUAGUACUCCUGGCGGCUCGUACUCGUCGUACAAAACCCCUGAGGAGCGCGCUGCCUUUAUCAAACAGCAGGCUGAGCAGCGCAUGGCCGAGAGACUCGCCGCCUUGGGCAUCAAGGCUCCCACUAAGCCUGGUGAGACGGCUGCUCAAAGAAUGGAGCGUGAAAGGGCCGAACGGGCUGCUAAGCUGCGCCAGGCCGAGGAGGAGGAUGAGCGACGCGAGGCUGAGCGGCAGGCUCGUCUCGCGGAAGAAUCGGGUGCACCGGCACCGGCUGCGAAGAAACCUCCUCCGCCGCCGUCGAGGAAGGCUGCCAAGAGCGACGCCUCUGAGAGAGAGACUGCUCGGAAGGCUGAGGAGGAACAAGCUGCUAAGCAAGCAGAGGAGGAGCGUCUUUCUAGAGAGCAUGACGAGCAGCAGCGUGCCACCCAGGAGUUGGAGGCCAAAGCCAGAGAGCAGCAAGAUGACCUGGAGAACGAGCGACAUGCUGCAGAGGCUCGGCUCAAGGCGCUUGAGGAGCAAGUCAAGGCAGGCAAGCUCAAGAAGGAAGAAGAGAAGCGCAAGAAGAAGGCAGCCCUUGCCGAGCAAAAGGAGAAGGAGGCUAAGCUUGCAGCCCAGAGAGCCGAGAUCGAGGCUGCCCGUCAGCGCGAGCUGGAGCUCCAGCGCCAGCUCGAGGCCAUGAACGACGAUGACAGCUCGUCAGAUGACGAGGACGGCGUUGCUCAGAUCACCCCUCAGGCGUCGACCCCUACGCAGGGCGGCAGCCAGAUCAGCAGCCAGGAGCUGGAGAAGCAGCCCUCAUCGCCGCCUGCAGUCCCGACGGUGAUUACUAGCCCCCCUACCGAAAGCGAGAGCCGCAACCCGUACCAUCGCAUGAUCUCUCACUCGUCCGAGUCUACCUCGGGUCCAAGUGAGCCAUCCGCGCCUGCCGCAGCUCCAGCACCGGCAGCUGCGCAGUCGACCAACCCCUUCCAUCGCAUGGCCCAAGAGAGCAAGGCCGCGCCCGCGGCUGCCACGCCUCCGGUGCCUUCCGGUCCGUUCUCUCGCAAGCGUCCUGAUGAGGAUGAUGAUUGGGGCACAGAUAAGGAGGAUGACGAGGAUGACUCCGAUGACGAUGACCGGCCUGGAGGCAGUAGUGCAGCGGCUCUGGCUUCCAUCUUGUUCGGCACCAUGGGACCGCCCCGGCCGUUGUCUGCUACGGGAGACAAACCAUCUUCCAACCCCGUCAGCCCGCGCAUCGGCAGUGACGCCUCACCCUCGUCCCCUCCUCCUCCUCCACCUAUGCCAGGGACCGGCGCUCCCCCGCCGCCUCCCGGCCCUGCACCUGAGGCGCCAUCAGCACCUCCCCCACCGCCCAUGCCGGCAUCAUCCGCCCCAGGUGGCCCCCCUCCGCCCCCGCCCCUGCCUCCGGGCAUGGGCGCUCCGCCACCACCGCCUCCCCCGCCACCGGCGGGUGACGCACCUUCAGGCCCGCCGCCAGGGGGCCGGCCGUCAGGCUUGCUCAGCGAGAUUCAGAUGGGUAAGGCUCUGAAGAAGACACAGACUCGUGACAAAAGCGGUGCCGCUACUGCAGGCCGCGUUUUGGAUUAA